CUCGCGAGAACCAGCCACCCACACCACAGCCAAGAAGCGGCGGCGAGGGCGAGCGGGCGAUAAAAUCUCGCGGCCUCUCUCCUCUCGGUUUCGAUUCCCGUCUUCGCCUCGCCAACUCCAACUCCAACUCCAACUCUCCCUCUCUCUCUCGUUCGCUUCCUCGGCAACAGGACGAACAACUCUGGUUUGAGCGCACACUCAAAUGGGUAUCUUCAGUGGAACGCCUCCUCCGAGCUGCCCAUCAGCUCCGCAUUGCGCGGAAUGGGCUAAAGUCUAUCUGAAGUACUGCCUGUGCAGCACAAAGGAUGGUGUUGCCUUGGGUCUUGGACUGGCUAGUGUCCUCAGUUGGGGUAUCGCCGAGGUGCCGCAGAUCAUCACAAAUUACAAACAGAAGUCAACAGAAGGCCUUUCUAUUGCCUUUCUGAUGACCUGGAUAGUUGGGGAUUUGUUUAACCUUGCUGGCUGUUUCCUGGAACCUGCUACUCUGCCAACACAGUUUUACAUGGCAUUGCUAUAUACCAUCACAACUGUGAUUCUCACUGGACAGACAAUAUACUAUAGCCACAUCUACCAUCUUAAAGUAAAGAAAACUGGGACAACUGCCAAGUCUCAGAAACAUCAACGCGGGGAUGCUUCAUUACGUGAGAAGCUUUUGGGACAUAGGGACGAGGCAUUCAAAAAUAAUAUUCAGUCAGGCCCGACUAUUCCUAUCCCGAGCUCACCAAUCCUGGUGAACACAGAAGUAUUCCGGCAACGUCAUGGUUCAGUCAGCCCCAACUCAGACUACUACUAUGCGUCAGCAAGAUCUCUGUCGAGGAGCCCAGUGCCUACGGGUACAUGGUUGGGGAAUAAUCGCCAGACAACAAAAUUUCCUCCACAAAUGAACGACGAAGGUGAAUCUUUAUUUGGUGAGUCUGUUCCACAGUCUGCACCAGCUGCUGUUACAAAAAAUUCCCUCUUGGUGGUACCAUGGAUUUCCGUUGUCUUGGGCAUGUGUGUGUUGCAUAUUUUGGUUGGAACCGCACAAAGAGAUGCGUCCAAUGAAAUUAUCAUCCCUGUCGGAAGAAAGCUCUUAGUUUUAGCGGAUGACCAUGCAGGUUCAUCUCUGAGCCAUGGCAGUGGAAGUGGAAUUGGAAGCUUUCUUGGUUGGGCCAUGGCAGUUAUCUAUAUGGGUGGGCGACUUCCCCAGAUCUUCUUAAAUAUGCAAAGAGGCCAUGCCGAGGGGCUCAGUCCGCUAAUGUUUACCUUUGCUUUGGUGGGGAAUACGACAUAUGUAGGGAGAUAUGGAGCUACACCUGCAUGGGGAUUGUGCGUUUUUCUUGGAAAGCUGCACAAUAGCCACUCCCCGUGCAGAACUGCAGAGACAAGGUCACACGCUUAAUUUGCGGUGAAUGAGCUGUGGCGCCGCAUGGUUAAGGGAUGAAAUUUGUUAAGGAUAGAUGCAGCAGUCUGCUGUGUUAGAAUACAAAAAAUGCGUACUCGGGGUCAUGCUAUAUCUGUACAUCGUAUGGUGAUUUGUGGUUCUUCAUGGUAUCUCUAUUAUUGAAGCGGUGACGUCUUGUGUAUGAUCUGGCCAUUGUCGUCGGAUGCUCAGAAUCUCAUACGCAUCCAGUCUCCACCCUGACUCUAAAUAUGGUUCUGCAUUACUCAUUUGCAAGUUUUUCUUGUGUGGGACUAACCCAAUUUUAUCCAAGUGUUCAUCACAUGAGCUGCGCACAUUGACGUUUGCAAGUGAGGACUGAAGAGCCCAAUAAAGUGAUUUGCUAAUUCUCAU